AGGAUGCCUGAACCCACCAAGCACGCCCCCAACAAGGGCUCCAAAAAAGCCGAGACCAAGACCGCCGGCAAAGGAGGCAACAAGAAGAGAAAGCCCAGGAAGGUGAGCUACGCCAUAUACAAGGUGCUGAAGCCGUUCAUGUCAUCCAGGAUGAACUUAUUCAUCAACGACAUCUUUGAGCGCAUCGCCUCCGAUGCUUCUCACCAUGCUCACUACAACAAGCGCUCCACCAUCACCUCAAGGGAGAUCCAGACCGCUGCGAGCCUCCUGCUGCCCGGGGAGCUGGCCAAGCACGCCGUGUCUGAGGCUGUCAGCAAAUACACCAGCUCCAUGUAAACCCUCUGAAUGCUGCAAGCCCAACAGACCAAACACGCCCCUCUGCAUCAAACACAUCCCCUAG